UGGAUGUCUUGUGGAAAAAUCAAGAAAAACUUAUUUAAUAUAGUCACAAGUUUUAUUCACUUCGUGAGAUUGUAAUUGUGCCUAUCUCCAGUUUUUAAUUGGUUUAUGGUGAUGAAUCAAUAUGAGUGAACUUGAAAAAAUCAUUGAUAGGAAAUUAGCGGAGGCUCGUAAAUGUAGUACAACUACUAAUACUGUUUCAGCUAAGCCCAGUGAGAGUAGAAAAAACAAAAUGCAGGAUUCUAAAGACCGCGAGAACAAAAGUGCUGAUAACCCGAAAGCAAAAACUUCAAAUAACGUAAAAAGUUCUAAUUCUAACAAAAACGAGAAGACCACCAAAACUCUCAAUGAAAAAAAUGAAAGUAGUUCUAAUAAUAAAUCUGAAGAAAAGGCUCCCCGCAAUAAAAAUUCUUCCGACGAUAAAAACUCUAGUUCAAAAAAUAAUUCAACCGACGAUAAGAAGUCUAGCACGAAGGCUUCGUCAGCGCAAUCCAGCAGCAAAACUAUGCUCUCCGUAAAAAGUAAUACGAAGAAAAGCCCAACUGAAAACCCGUCGAAAGCGCAAGAUAGUGAGAAGCCUCGCAAUGAAGACGGCCCUAAAACUUCAGCAUGUAAUAGAGAUAAAAGUUCUAGCAAUCAAGCUUCACAGAAAACAAACAAUAGUGAUAAGGCAUCUGUAAAAACAACGCAUACUUCAACAACAAAAUCGAACGUUAAAAACAAUACAGACAAUGGGAGUAAUAAAUCGGCUGGUCAAUUUGCGCCAAGUGCUAAUGGUAAAGACAGUAGUGCAAAAAAUGAUAAAACUAAAUCCGACAGCAUGACCGCCUCCAAACAAAAUGAAAACAAAAGUUCAAAUGCGAGCAAUAAAACAACAGUUAAUAAAGAUCAUGAAAGCAAAAGUACUAAUAACAGAGAUGAAAAAAGCAAAAGCUCCAUUGACAAACGGUCUAAAGAAGACACUAAAAAAACGGAGGUAAAACGUGAUACUACUGAUCGCACAAGAUCCUCAAAAGAGACAUCUAGAAGUGAACGAAGUAAGGAUAGUAAUCGAUCUAGAUCCCGCUCGAGAACAUACCGUGACAGAAGCCGAAGCCCAAGAACCUGGAGCAGACGUUUUUCACCUUUGUAUACAUCCAGACGGUUUUCCCAAGAUCGAUCUCCGCCUCGUCGAAGAUCAAGAACACCAGUGGCUGGUUCAUUUCGUGAUACGCUGCGUCGACGAUCACCUAGCCGUCCUCGAAACGACCGAAGUCGUUCUCCGGCCACUUCUAAAGCUUUGAUAGCUAAGAAAAGCUUCCUAGAUGAUUUAGCCGUUAAAUUUGCUCAAGAAGGAAAGGAAUUUCCGGAAUUGGAACAAUAUCGUUGUGAAAUAAAUAGUCAGUUUAUCUCUUAUCCGAAGCAGUAUUAUCCUGAACAAUAUGCGAAGCAUCCAUUUUCUGGAGGUUUUGAUGGUCCUGUUUUUCCAAUGAUGGAUGUCGGUCCACCAAUGAAUGUCGGCCCUCCAAUGAAUGUCGGUCCACCAAUGGGUAUUGGUCCGCCUAUGGAUGCUGGACCAAUGAUGUUUGCCAAUCAGUUUGAUCCACCGAGAUAUGAUUUCGGUCCUGUUAUGCAGCCUGAGCCUACUAUCGAUGUUCCUCCAUUGGUUUCAUAUCCGAUUCCAGGAAUGUUACAAAUGUUGGAUUCUCCUGGCUUUUUGAACGACGAUUCACAGGAUACAAUGCUGGCUCAGAUCAAAACACCCUCAGAGAACAAGAUAUUAGUUACGGACGUUCCAGAAAUCAAGUCUGCGGUUUUAGGGUCGCAACCGAUGGUAAAGUGCACUAAGGGUGAAGUGAAAAAUCAUGUGAUUCAGGCGCUUGAUCUGUUAGACGAGUUGGGACUCACAGUCAGUAGAACUGCGAAAUUUAUGUAUCGUGCGCCAACCUUUUACGAGAAUGAAGUUUACUUAAAGCGGUCUCCAGUGGUUCAGAGUAGGAACAAUCCGCUUUUCAUGUUCAGUAGCCGUUCUGGUGAAUCAAGUGAUCCGUUCGGGAAUAUUCCUCGUAAAUUGAAACCAAUUAUCAGUCUGCUCUCCUUGGAUGAAGGAAUCAUUUCGAAGCAAAUUUUUCUUCGAGAACAAAAACAUGCCCAGACUCGUCAUCGUCGCCAAGAAAAGGCAGAACAAGAAGAACGGCAAAAACGCCUGCAACCAAAGGUUACACUGCAAAAAAAUACGCAGACUGACCCAACGGUAUGCAAGGAAUGUUUGCUGCGGAUGAUCAAAGUGAAGGUUAAUGGUGAAACACAAACUUUUACACCUCAUACCGUGGAGUCGACGACACAGACCAAUCCUAUGCCAGUGCAAACGGUUAGUGAGUUUGGUUCAAUAACCGAACUUACACCGAACCAAGUUCGAGCCGUUAGCGAAUUGAUCAAGUAUAUAAAAUUAACAGUAACGAGUGGAACAUUAACCGAAAUGCGUGAUAGUAUGCGCGAUGAUCAGGUGUAUAACCUCAACAGCGACCUGCGAACUGCAUUUCAUUAUUUUGAUGCAAUGGUGGAGCAUAAAAAUCCUACCGAACAUGCACCAAUGGCAAAUCGAGGUGCCUUGUUGUCACGAUGCGACGAGUUUGAGGACGAGCUUGCCGAUCAAGGGGACGAUAUAGUUAACAACGCUCCGACAUCCAUUGCUGAACCAUUAGAUGAAGAAGAUGAAUAUGAACAAUACCAUAGAAACUUCUGUGAAGGCGAUCCUGAUAAAGAAUUUGAAGACCCUCAAGACGACUAUAACGAGGACAGCUUUAACAAUGUACAGGAUGAUGAUGCUUUACACGGAUCUCGUUAUAUGUCAUCGGUAACUCACCCGAGAACGUUCGAAUUCAACAGUAACUCUAGGACAAACAAUUACAUAGCUAUUGAUUCAUCUUACAACUCUAACGAUAGGAACUUUGGCGCGCAGUAUCAGUCCAAUUCAUCGCAACAUUACCAAGCUGGCGGCUAUAGGCAUGGAUACAACCGAAGAGGGCAUUCAUUUAUGAACAGAAGAAAUUAGCUUUAAUAAAUAGCAUUUGUUAAAUUGAGAUAGAGAAUUAAAUGCUUAUAGUUACACUUUUCAGUUAGAACGCUGUAGGGUUGUUAUUAAAUUAACAAAACAACUAUAAGCAAAUAAAGAUUUUUGGUAUCAUUCAUACGACUUUAAUUUCAUUGUAAAUAUACUAUAGUUUAUUCCCACACUGCAACUAUCGUGCAUACGAGCUCUGGGCAGACUCUGGAGGAUCGGAAAAACAUCUUGUAGCUCACUGGGAUGCUGGACAUAAGAUGUUUGGAUAUAAACCAAAGCGGUUCUCUACAUAGAAGCUUAAUUGUAAAUAGGCUGUGUUUGAAUAAAAAUGAUUAAACAUUUAAAAGACUUGUGUUGUAUGUAUUUGAUGAAAUAAACAGCUGCACUCAUCAAUUGAUUAAGUAAGCAUUAGACUAAAUUCGUCCAAAUGAAAUAAAGUGAGUCAGCGGUGAUAUUCCAACGCAACAGGCAUGUCAUUCUACUUGAGCUGGGUGGUAGAAACAAGAACAUAGACUGCGCAGAUCCCAGUGGAGGCCGAGCUAGGUUCUGGUUAGUAAUCGUCCCCCAAUACACUACUGCUCGAACGCAGUCAACGGAAGUUACGACCCCUGGACUUCUGGGCUGUUAAUGGUUUAAAUGGAAAUAAAAACUAAGAAACCGUUUGACGGUGCUAUGGGUGGAGCCAUUUAUUGUAUUUAUGGUAAAAAUGUGUACAUUAGUUUUUAUAUACAUGCCAUAAAUUUAAAUUGUAACUUUAAACUAUGUACUAUCUUUAGCCUCAUUAAAUAUAUAUAUAUAUAUAUAUGCAUAAUACGAAAAAUAAUAUGGAAAAUCUUCAAGUAUUACUAGCAGAUGGAAAAGAAAUUUCAGCAGCUUUGCGAACUACACCAGACUUAGCUGUGCUGUAGCACGAUAUCACAAUCCUGUUGUUUAUUUUACCGAACUAUAAACAACCUGUAUGCCUGCAUCUGUUAUGAACAUGGUUCAGUCAAAAUACUAUUUGUGUUUAAAUACGCUGAUAUACCUUUCAAACGCCAUUAAGACGGCGCAAAUCUGUUUAAUCAUUGUUUAGAAAACAAACUGAGCUUAAAGUGAAACCUACGCCAAUAUCACCUAUUUUCGAAAUAGAAUUUAUUGCUAUAUA